UACAGGAAGCGCUUGUUGAAGAAACAAGCCGAUCAUAAACUGUGCUAGAGGGAAAAGAAACGAAGAAACGAAGAUAAAGUCACAAUGCCCAGCUCUUGCCAAGAUAUCCGCCUCGCAUUGGCGCAAUGUCUCCAGCAGUCCGAUUGCAUAAUGGUCCAAGGCAAAACGCCUCACGAAUGUCUCCAACCACCCUACCUUGAGAAUCUUCCCGUGAAAUGCCAGCAGCUGCGCAAAGGCCUUAGUGAUUGCAAACGAGGGAUGGUAGACAUGCGCAAACGGUUCCGCGGCAACCAGCCCAUAGCCCUGGGUAGCGAGGUCGACCCAGCAACCGGCGAAGUUAUCACUAAAACAAAGCCCGUCGGGCAGCUGUAUGCGGGUAAGCCGGCCUUUCAAAGCGUCAAGGAGAUUAGUGGCGAUGAGGUGCAGAUGGACCCAGAGAAGACAAGGGGAUUGUGAGCGGUGCGGGAUUGGAUGGGGUGAAGUGAUUUUCGCAUCUCUUGGUUGAGGGAAAAGAACGGAGGAGCGCUAUGAGAGACUGAAAGUGCUGGAAGGAGUAUAACAUAUUUUACACAAGCGAUGAGCAUGGUAUGGUCCUCAUGCCUCAUGCCUCAGGCAAACGGCGUUGUUAUCUUCAGGAUAUAUAUCAUUCAGGGAUUGGCGUUUGGGGGAUUUUUUUUGGGUUGAUUGUGCAGCUGUUUGAAACCCUCAAGCAGUUGUAAUGUAUAGUACGUAUGGACAUUUUCGCCUCACACUAUUGGCGGGGUUCUUUUUUUUUUUUU